AUGAAAUUUCUUACAUCUGUUUUUUCAGUCCUUUUGACUUCUGCGCUUUGUGUUUCUGCUGAGAACUCUCCUGAGUUCACUCUCCAAUUUUAUGCCCCAGCAAUUAAUUCUCUAUCUAAUUUUAAUAUCAUUUUGUCUGAUAGUAUUUUUUCUGUUAAGGACGUUGCACAAUCAGUCAAGGGUUACAUUCAUGAAAAUGGAACUUUGUUUGUUGAUGGAUACGCAGUUGGUAAGGGUAGAGGAUACCUUACAACCACCCCCCAAUCCAAGUCUUGGGAGGUGUCUUCUCCAUGGACAAUUUCUGAAGGUGUUUUGGAAUUAGAAGGUGAUAAUGAAUUUUUUGCUGUUCCUGAAGGAACCCCUGGUUCUUAUGUACUUAGUGCUGCCAAAAAAGCUGAAGUUCGAGGUAUUACUAAGAUGAAUAUUAAACCAGUUCUUUCUGAUGGUUCUAUUAUUCAAACGUGGCCCAAAACUUCUACUUCAACUUCAAUUACUUCUUCAAAUUAUCAAGUCGACAUUCGUUUAGUUUUGGCCCCCAUUGCAGCUCUUAUUUUGGUUUCAAUGACUGUUUUCAGCUUCAUUCGUCUUCGUCACCGCAGAAAUCAAGUUUCUCCCAAAAACGAAUGGCAACCAGUUGAUGAGAAGGCUCUUUUGGAUGAAGAUGUUGAACAGGGUUUUGCUACUGAUGAAAUGAAGGAUUCUCCUAUCUUUCAAAAUGAGUAA